CAUCGUGGGUUGACGAGGGCCGCUCAGCCAUGUUGAGGACUCUGUCAAGCAAACUGCUGCCCGCCAUUGUGUAGAAACUAGGCUCUAUAGAGAGAUAGGGGCGCUUGGCUGAAACUCUUCAAUAGCUAGACCAAUUUUACACCCUGUCGCUUUUAUUUAGGGUUAAAUACACUUACACAGGCUCCGGGGUGGAAAGACAUGUCAGCCAGCAGCCUUCUUGAACAGAGACCGAAAGGCCAAGCUAACAAAGUGCAAAACGGAGCUGUGACCCAAAAGGAUACUUUGAAUGACGAUGAGUUUGAGCCUUACCUGAAUACUCAGGCCAGACAGAGCAAUGCCUAUACGGCCAUGUCGGACUCGUACAUGCCCAGCUACUACAGCCCCUCCAUAGGAUUUUCCUACUCCUUAAAUGAGGCAGCAUGGUCCACAGGUGGGGACCCUCCUAUGCCUUACCUGGCCUCCUAUGGACAGCUGAGCAAUGGAGAGCCCCACUACCUCCCGGACGCUAUGUUUGGCCAACCAGGCCCCCUGGGAAGCAACCCUUUCCUGGGUCAGCACGGUUUCAACUUCUUCCCCAGUGGCAUCGACUUCUCAGCAUGGGGCAAUAGCAGCUCUCAGGGACAGUCGGGGACACCGCAGAGCUCUGGCUACAGCAGCAGCUAUGCCUAUGCUCCCAGCUCGCUUGGAGGUGCCAUGAUUGAUGGACAGUCCCCGUUUGCACCUGCUGCCAAUGAGCCCCUUAACAAGGCACCUGGUAUGAACAGCCUUGACCAGGGCAUGGCAGGGCUUAAGAUCGGUGGUGCUGCUCCUGGUGGUAAUGGGGACAUGGCUCCUAAAGUGGUUGGCUCUGGCUUACCCGGUGGGGGUCCCCUUGGUCCUGUGUCAUCUGUAGGACCUCCCAGCAUGCCUCCUGUCUCAAUUGCCCCUGCCAAGCCUGCCUCCUGGGCUGAUAUUGCCAGCAAGCCAGCCAAGCCUCAACCCAAGCUGAAAACCAAGGGUGGUAUGGCUGGUGCCAAUUUGCCUCCUCCGCCCAUUAAACACAACAUGGACAUCGGCACGUGGGACAACAAGGGCACUAUGCCUAAAGCUGCCACUCCUCAGCAGGUGCCCCCUAUUCCCAGCAAUGGGCAGCCACCCAAUCAGGCUUCCCCGCAGCCUGGAUCUACUGCUGCAGGGAACCCACAAAUGCCCCUCAGCAAUGGACAGCUGGUACCACCUGUUUCCCAGAUGGGGCAGCAUCAGCUUCCACCUGGACAACCAGGUAUGGCUCAGAUGCCCCAGCCUCCUCUUUCCCAGGGUCCUCCUCCCCCAAGCCAACAGCAGCAACCUUCUCAACCUACUCGCUGGGUCCCUCCACGGAACCGGGCAAAUGGAUUUGGGGAUGCCAGUGGAAGUGGAACAGGCCAGUCACCUCCCACCUCUUCUGGCGUCGGUGUGGUUCCUGGGGUUCCCUCUGAGCCUCACCCAGUCUUAGAGAAGUUGCGCAUGGUCAACAAUUAUAACCCCAAGGACUUUGACUGGAAUCCUAAACAGGGCAGGGUGUUUAUCAUCAAGAGCUAUUCCGAGGAUGACAUCCACCGUUCCAUCAAGUAUAACAUUUGGUGCAGCACAGAGCAUGGUAACAAGAGGCUUGAUGCAGCUUACCGCUCACUGGGUGGCAAAGGGCCACUGUAUCUUCUGUUCAGUGUCAAUGGAAGUGGUCACUUCUGUGGUGUAGCAGAAAUGCGCUCACCCGUGGACUACAACACGUCUGCUGGCGUGUGGUCACAGGACAAGUGGAAGGGCCGUUUUGAUGUGCGCUGGAUCUUUGUAAAGGACGUUCCCAACAGUCAGCUAAGGCACAUUCGACUGGAGAACAACGAAAACAAGCCAGUGACCAACUCUCGGGACACACAGGAGGUACCACUGGACAAGGCCAGGCAGGUGCUAAAGAUCAUCGCUGGAUAUAAACACACCACUUCCAUCUUCGAUGACUUUUCUCACUACGAGAAGCGUCAGGAGGAGGAAGAGUGUGUGAAAAAGGUGGAGGUCCAAGGCAGCGAGCCAUAUCCCAGCAACCCAAGCAACAGGAGUCAUUACAGGCUUCAGGAGCGCCAAGGACGAGUCAAGUAACAGUUGGUGCUUUGGUCAAAAGACUGCAUUGGCCCCCCCUAAAGCCCUGUCCACCCCAUUACAUCAUUACAUCCAGAUCUCUCUAAGAAAUUCUAAUAGGGGUGAAGAAUUAACCAAGGACAAAAAACUAAAUGAAGACUUUCUUGAUUUCUUUUGACUUUAAAGACUUACUUCGAACUUGUAGUAAAAAGAAAAGGAAACGAUUAUUCAUAGGACUACAACUAAAUGCAUAGCAUCCUUAGUGAAAUCUUUUUUGCCCCACCCCAUUCCACUACAUAUGCUUUCCCUUCCCUUGUAUGCUGCUUCUUCCUUUUUUUAAAUGAAAGGAUCAUCCUCUGUUUUUAUGGUCCAAGAACGAGUCUGUAAUUCUCUCACAAACACACAAAUCCAAUAGAAAUUUGUAGUGUUUGCUUAUAAUAGUGUCCCAAAGUCAAGAAUGGGCAGUUUGUCUCAUUUUCUUUGUAAACCUCCCCUCAUCCCUCCUGUCUUCUGAGGAUGCUCACAUCUUCUGCCAGGACCCAGUGGAUUUUCCUCCUCAGUGGAUUUUCAUCGUAGGCGGUUGUCAACUACGCUCUCUCCAGAGUCUGUUUCUUACAUGCCUGCCAUCUUUUUGUCUGAGAGGAGUGCAGAUGUUUAGAAUGGCCCUCUGUUUUGUUUUUGCAUGUGUUGGACGGAGUGUGUGGGGAUGGUAGGGUCUGGAGGAUCUGGAGAAGAAGAGCAGGGAAGGGUGAUCAAGAUUUUUCAAAGCAAAAGAAAUGUUAAGUUGAUGAGCUUUCCUUGGUAUAUCAUUUUUCUGGUUACAAAAAAAAAAUUGGGGCCCUCUGUUAACAGUCUUUGUUGGACUUUAUUUACCCUCUUUAUCUUUCUCUUGGACAAGUUAAUUCAUUGUUGCUUUGGGCUGCUUUCUUUUUUUUUUUUCUUUUUUUUUUUUUGUUUGUUUGUUUGUUUUUUUUCCUCCUCCUUCCUCAGUUUUCUAAAGACAGUGAUGCGAGUGGCCUUGCCCCCACUCUAUUAAUCAGUUCAAAAGUAAUAAAUGUGGUAUAUUCAGCAGAACUGGUGUGCAUUCCCCUUGUUUGACUGUGUGAAGCCGUGUUGUCAUGCAGCGUGUCUGUGCAUUUUCGUCGUCUGUUUUUCUCUUACCAGAUGCGUACAUGAAUGAGUGUUUCUUUUUUUGUUCUGCCAGCCUUCACACUCAGCCCGUCCACUCCUUAUCCUGACUUCAGUUUUCACCACUGUACCCUGCAUUUCUUACCUCUACUUUCUCAACCCGCCUCGUCCUCCACACUCCCAUUUCUGACUGCUCAGCCAACUAUACAUACUAUUAUAUCACAAUCAGCUUCCACCAUUUUCAGAAUGUCAAUGUUGGUGAGUUUUAAAAAAGAAAAAGAAGAAAAAAAAAACGCAAGGUCCUCGUUCAGAACUACUGGCUUUUGUGGCAUAAUAAAGAUGCUCCACAAA